AUGUCGCAUCAAGUGAAAAUUGAGCAAAUGGAAAGGAGUUUGGAGUUUGUUAUUAGCAAUCUAGGCGAAGUCGUCAAAAACAGCAGGCAGCCACAUAAAACGGUAACAAUUAAAUUUAUGUGUUUCUAAACUUGGUAUUUGAAGCUGACUACAAACGGCGUUAAUUGUUCAAAAGAUGAAGUGAAGCAGUUAAUGUCGGCGUUCGCCGACAAGACGACAGCCUUAAUGAGAGAAAAACUCUCUGAAAUUGUCAAAUCGGAAAAUGUAUGAACUUUAUCUGAAGGCCUUCCGCAGAGUUUUUUUUUUAGUUAGAAGAGAAAUAUGAGAAACUCGAGCGUCUCAUCCAGAACAGCGAAAAAAUCAACAAAGAACUGGGAGUCACCGAUGGCUAUAGGCCCAUUGAUGUACGUUUUCUGAAUUUUUCGAAAAUUUCCCAACUUACAGCCUUUGACCGACACGACACUGCACGUGAGGAAAACUUUCGAGACUUUGAAAACGCCUCUUCAAGAUGCCAUUGAAGCGAUGAAGGAGGAAAUCGAGGUUGCGUCAAUUUUUAAUUGCUGCUUUUUAAGAUCAUAUUUGUAGGAAAAGACACGGGAGCGAGAUGAAAAGAAAGCCGUUUUGCGAGAGCUCGUGAAUCUCCUCGAGAAACAAACCAAAGAGGAAAGUUGUAACUGA